CGCAUUUGUGAGCAAAUAAAUGUAUCGUUUCUGACUAGAAAAAAUCGCAGACAUUUAAGACCUUUCACUUUGAAUUCUUACAAAAAAAAUCAAAACAUGAACCCCAACAUGAACAUGAUGCCGAUGUCAGGACCGCAGAUGAUGCAGGUGAUGCAGUCGUCGCCUCAACCAAUGAUGCCGGCAGUUCCACCUGGUCCCGUGCCCCAACAGCCCUUGCAGCAGCAACAACAGGCCGAGAAGCUGGACAACAUAUCGAGGGCCAAGAGUCUCCUAGCACCUCUGCGGGAGUCGAUGUUCCUGACGAUCAGAUCUAGUGCAUUCACGCUGCAGCAAAACAACCUCGCGGACAAUCUGAAGCGGGACACCGGAGCCCAUGGGCAUCAUGUGCCACGAUUUGAUAAGCAUCUGGAAGACUUCUAUGCCUUCUGUGACCAAAUCGAGCUACAUCUGAAGACGGCGAUGCAGUGCCUGCAGCAGCAGAACUCCUCCAACCAUUAUCUGCCUGGUAUGGUUACGCCAAUGCGAAUGGAAAACUUUAUGCCCGAAAACGCUGGACCCAUUCCGUACCCCACUUAUUUGAAUACAGUGCGAGUGCACGUUCAGUCGGCGAAGGACAUUCACGACACCUUGAUAAGUGCUGCGCAAAACAUAUCCCAGGCCGAUUGAUAGUUGUAGUGCAUUUUGGUUUACACACUUAUAUUAUUUCAUACAAAAUACCCGAUUACCUUUAGUAUGCCCGACUAGAAUACAUAAACUGAUUAUAUAGGAUGUAAGUAG